GCGUUAUGGUUUCUUUUGUAACCUUUUCCUUGCGUGGAUCGUAUCAAUGCACCAGACGGGGGGUCAUCCACGUGCUCCAGUCCCCACAGCGCCUGUGUUUGCUCAGACUGAGGCGGCGCACCGGCUGCUCUCUGCCCGAAGCACAGAGAGAGCACUCGACCACCGACACAACCGAAGUGUAGGAACCGGCUUGCACCGCGGAGGGGUCUGUAUGUGUGCAUUGCCAUCUGAACAAGUCAUGGCCGACCAAACUCCUCUGCAGCAAGGAGAUUCACUGUUGACAAAGCCCCCCCAGCUGAGCCUCCCGAACGGGACAGAAGCCCCCAAAGACGUCCUGCAUGCCAGAGGCCAGUGGGCGAAUAAGGCGGAGUUCCUUCUGGCCGUGGCGGGGCAGAUCAUCGGCCUGGGCAACGUCUGGAGGUUCCCGUACCUCUGCUACAAGAACGGUGGAGGUGUGUUCUUCAUCCCUUACCUUUUGUUCCUGGUGCUGUGUGGCAUCCCACUCUUCCUCCUGGAGACCUCACUGGGACAGUACACCAGCCUGGGAGGUGUCAGCGCCUGGAGGAGCAUCUGCCCUUUAUUUGGAGGGCUUGGUUAUGCCAGCCAGGUGAUUAUCCUGCAUGGCUGCGUGUACUACAUCGUCAUCCUGGCCUGGGCCGUCUUCUACCUGUCGCACAGCUUCCAGGCCGAGCUGCCGUGGUCGCACUGUAACAACACGUGGAACACUGAGACGUGUGUCUUGUUCAACAAACUCAACCAGACCACAAAUGCGAGCAGCCUGCCUGAGAACGCCUCUUCCCCCGUCAUGGAGUUCUGGGAGCGGGAGGUGCUGCGCCUGUCCAGCAAUUUAGACGAGCUGGGUCCAGUCAGCUGGAAGUUGGCUCUGUGUCUGGCCGUCGUCUGGCUCGUCUGUUACUUCUGCGUCUGGAAGGGCGUCAAGUCCACUGGAAAGGUGGUGUACCUGACAGCCACCUUCCCAUAUGUCAUGCUGUUUGUGCUGCUGGUGCGCGGUGCCACACUGCCCGGAGCGACGCAGGGCAUCAUUUACUACCUCAAACCCAACCACACCCGCCUUGCAGACCCGCAGGUAUGGAUGGAUGCCGGUACCCAGGUUUUUUUCUCAUAUGGAAUCUGCUUGGGAAGUCUCACAGCCCUGGGCAGCUACAACAAAUACAACAACGACUGCUACAAAGACUCCUUCCUGCUGUGCCUCCUGAACAGCAGCACCAGCUUCCUGGCAGGUUUCGCCAUCUUCUCGGUGCUGGGCUUCAUGGCAGAGGAGCAAGGCGUGGACAUCAGCACCGUGGCCCAGUCAGGACCUGGCCUCGCCUUCAUCGUCUACCCCAGAGCUGUCGCCAUGAUGCCUCUACCUCAACUCUGGGCUGUCUGCUUCUUCCUCAUGAUCAUCAUGCUGGGCCUGGACACACAGUUUGUGAGUCUGGAGGCCCUGAUGACGUCAGUGACUGACCUGUACCCUCAUCUGAUCAGACGAGGUCACCGGCGAGAGCUGCUGCUGCUGUUUGUCUGUGUCGUCUGCUUCCUGAUGGGACUGGUCAUGGUCACGCCGGGAGGUCUGUACGUGUUCCAGGUUUAUGAUCACUUCUCGUGCAGCGGAGCCAGUCUGCUGCUCCUCUCCAUCUGCCAGUCUGUGGCCAUCGGCUGGGUCUAUGGUAUGAAUCCCAAUCCUCUCCUCUGCUUAUCUUCGUUUUCGUGCUCUAUCUUUUACUGUUUCCUCUUCUCCUCUAUCUGACAUCUCCAUUCC